CUGUGGAGUGAUCAGAGCAUCAUUAGGACAAAGUUAUCAGGAUGGGAAACUGUUGUGAAAGAGCUGCUAGCUUUUUUGGCCCGCAGAAGAACACCUAUGUGCGUGUUAGUUUGCCAGCUGUCUGCUUUGUCUGGCAGAUUGCUAUGGUGGUUCUGUUUGGAGUUUUUAUCCGGUAUGAUGAUGAAUCAGAUGUUAAAGGGUGGCUCCAGUACAAAAAAGAGCACAACAUCACCAGUGACAUUGAGAAUGACUUCUACUUCAGAUAUCCCAGUUUUCAGGAUGUGCAUGUCAUGAUCUUUGUUGGUUUCGGUUUUCUCAUGACUUUCCUGAAGCGAUACAGCUUUAGUGGUGUGGGCUUCAACUUCCUAAUCGCUGCCUUUGGUCUGCAGUGGGCUCUUCUUAUGCAAGGCUGGUUCCACUCCCUCGACCCCGUCACUGGAAAAAUCCACAUAGGAAUUGAGAGUCUGAUCAAUGCUGACUUCUGCUGUGCUGCGUCUCUGAUCGCCUACGGUGCCCUCCUGGGAAAAGUAAGCCCCGUCCAGCUGAUGGUUGUCACCUUGUUUGGCGUCACACUUUUUGCUGUGGAAGAAUACAUCAUUCUUGACCUCUUUCAUUGCCGAGAUUCUGGCGGCUCCAUGGUCAUUCACACCUUUGGAGGAUACUAUGGUUUGGCCAUCUCCUGGGUGCUGUACCGACCAAACCUGCACUUAAGUAAACGCCUCCAGGGCUCUGUCUACCACUCUGAUUUGUUUGCUAUGAUUGGUGCACUGUUCCUGUGGAUGUUCUGGCCCAGUUUCAACUCAGCCAUCUCACACCAUGGUGAUGGACAGCUUAGAACCGCCAUCAAUACUUACCUUGCCCUCGCAUCUGGUGUUCUCACUGCUGUGGCCAUCUCCAGUUUAGCUGAAAAGAAAGGAAAACUAGACAUGGUACAUAUCCAGAAUUCCACAUUAGCUGCAGGUGUUGCAAUGGGAUCAGCUGCUGAAUUUAUGAUCAUGCCAUAUGGUUCACUCAUUGUGGGUUUCUGCUCUGGGAUCAUCUCCACCUUUGGAUACCUCUAUGUCACACCCUUUUUGGAGAAAUAUCUGAAGCUCCAAGACACAUGUGGUAUCCACAAUCUGCAUGCAGUGCCAGGGAUGCUCGGUGGAUUUGUAGGUGCCAUUGUUGCGGCGGCAGCGUCUGUAGAUGUCUAUAGCGAACAAGGGCUCAUCAACACAUUUUCCUUGGAAGGCAAGUACAGAAACAGAACUUUGGGGACACAGGGAGCCUACCAGGCUGCUGGCACGUGUGUAGCAAUUGCAUUUGGACUGGUUGGAGGAGUCUGUGUUGGUUUCAUCCUAAGGCUUCCCAUCUGGGCAGAUCCUGCUGAUGACUUCUGCUUUGAUGAUGAAGCUUACUGGGAGCUCCCUGAGGAUGAAGAGACAAUCCCUCCGGUUUUGGAGUACAACAACCACAUGACACACAAGAGCCAAGACACAUGUGAAUCAAAUUUUGCUCUAGAGGAGAGUUAGAGCAUAGCAGCAGGAGAGCAGUCCUUCUCAUAGCAUUAUGGACUCGAUGCAACUGUCACACUGAAAGAGCUUUGAAAAUAACCGAUUUCAUGAGACAGAAAUGUUUUUGUGCACAAAUCUUGACUUGCACCAUUUAUACCUCCCAUAAAAUUGUUGGAAAACCAAUUGUUGGAAGUGUGAAGUUACAAUAACCUAAAAUAAUCUGUAAAUGUGUAAUUGAAUGAAAUUUUUGGAAACAAAGCUAUUAAAACUGUUAAUUUUCAUUUUAAUUUUGGAAGCAAUGUCAUAAAUUUUGACUUAAGAAUUCCAAGUUGAUAUGAAAGACAAUGUGUCUAUAAGCUAAUUUUCAUGCACUGAAUAAUAUUAUAUUUUGAGUUAUUUCUGUCAAAUUGUUUAUAGUUUUUUGAAAACUACAAACAAGUAUGUUCAUUUAUUUUGACCAUUUUUUUGUGCAUAAAUCAGAUUAACUCUUUAGAG